CUAAACAAACUUCGAAUUUAUCGAGAUCGCCGAAACGGUACCCAAAUUUUCUUCUUCUUCUUUUUCCUCCUCCUCUGUUCAUGAUCAUGGCGUUUCACCACCUCCAACGAGUCAGAAGGAACCGAUUCUCUGUUCACAAACUUUGCCCCCGCGGAAACCUCAUCCAGAAGCUCCGAAUUACUGUAAUAAUGAUCGGACUCCGCCGCCGUUGUUCUGGUUGUUAACUUCUCCACUGCACAAGCGAGAUCCCAUAUGAGAUUAUAAGCCCACGACGAACCAAUCUGGCUCUGCAGCUCCUCUGUUUUCUUGACUCGGGAUUUGAAUCCUGGGGAGGGGAAGGAAAUGAUGGGAAUUCCAGAUUUUUCGCCGAAUUCGGCCAAGAUUUCUGAUUCUAGCUCUGUUCGUGCUAUGAGGAUGAUUGCUUUGAGCUUGGAGGAGUUCUUCAGGAGAUCAGUAGCUGUAAAAAAUGGCGUUGCCAAAACUUUUAGAGACCAUUACACAAAUUGCUUUUUUAGAUGGUUAGGGUCAAUUUACAAAAUUAUCUAGUUACUUCAUCCGUCUUUAUAAAAAAUUAUUAAUUAAUUAAUUAAAAGCACAAGCAGCCAAAACACCCGUGGCACUGUUCACCACGACAUUUUCUCGCGUUACUGUUCACAAUGGGAUUUGGGUACUUUGCUGCGGGCGAAUCUACGUGAGCCUCAAACCCAGCCCGUUAUAAACUUUUGGGCAGGCCCGAGCUCAGGUGCAUCUGGCCGCACCGCAUGCGCUCCUCCUGGCCUCUCUUUUUUUUUAUUUUUUAAAAACGUCACUCAUUUAUUGUCACCACUUCUCUCUCCUCCGUUUAACCGACCCAUCAUCUCUCCUUCUUCUUACUGAACAACAACAGCGGAGGCGGAAUCCCUUCCGGCCAUCCGACCCCUCUCUCCUCUUCCCGUCUGAUUCAUAUUCUUUCCGCCAUUCCAACUUUCUCUUUCCAUCAGACCCCUCCAUUCCAAUCGAAAAACAUGAAAGCCUUCUCCCAUCGCUCUUCCUUCUCUUUCCUUUUCCCCAUUUCUCCUCUUUCUUUCUCCUUCAUUCGACCCAUCCUCUCCCCCUCCUUCCGUUCGAAUCCGUCUAACACCUCUUCUCCCCUUCAUUUCAAUCAAAGAAAAUCAGGAAUGUUUUCAUCUCCCGUUACUCCUCCGCCCAGACGAAUGGAGCACGCAUGGAAAGAGGGCACAAUUCGAGUUAGGUUUCCGAUUCUUAUUCCCAGCGAAAGCAGUUGAAGCAAUCAACUGAAUUCCCGGCGAAUGUUUCAACAGAAGCCUCCCUAGCUGUUUAGCGUCCAAUUCAGCGGGUAGGAAACUGUGAAUUUGGUUUCUUUUUUUCUUUUAAGUAGUAUACUGGUUCUUGCCCGGCCCUCUGGAUUGCUCUUCCCUCUUCGAAACCACUGAACGGACGCCGGCGGGAGACGAUGGCGACAGAGAACCUGGAAGCCGACGGACGACGCCGGAUUUCCCCUCUCUCUCAUCUCUUUGAACCCACUGAAUGGCAUGCCGGCGAGAGGAGGUGGUGACGACAGAUCCACCAUCUCCCAACCCACUGAACGGACGCCGACGAAUGUCCCCCGAUUUCACCUCCCUGACCGUUGAACAGCACGCCGGCGGGAGACUGGGAAGGGCUGAUGUCCCCGGGAAAUCGCGGGUUUUGAUUUCCCCCCUCUCCCACGAACCUCUAAACGACAUGUCCUUCAACUCACUCGACGACACUGCGGCGGACGGCGACGAAACCUCCUCACAUCCCAGCCUCCUCUUUGAUCCUCACCUUCUCCGACGUUUCGUCUCCUCGGGUCGUCCCCAAGUCGAUGAUGGCUUCCAUUUCACUUCUGUACAAAGCAUGAGACGACAAGGGCAAGACAUGCGGUGAAAAUCAGAUCCACCUCUACUGAGGGCUACGGUAAUUCACGGUGGCACCUUUGAUUGUUUGAUUUCGGUGAGUCCACCAUCUGGGGUUGGGAUCCAUUCAUCCUUCUUUUAUAUCAAAUACCUCAUUGAUUCAGCACAUUAGAUGAUGCCAUUUCUUCUUUACGCCUACUUCAUUUGAAACAAAGUAGAAAGGUUAAUCUAGGCCAAACUUAAUGUUGAAUGAUUUGCUAAACAACCCUUUAGUCAUUUAUAAGCUUAAGCGUGAAACCAUUUAUCCAUGAGUGAGAAGAAUUGUUUUUGCAGUUCCAUGUAUAUUAUCAGGUAAAUAUAGAAGGGUUCGUUCAUGAGUUUUGUUUUGACAGUUAGAACACAACUUCCUCCCUCUUGCUAAAAGUUGUGGAAGCCUUUCCUUGCUAACUCACAACAACCUGCUUGCCCCAUGUGCUUUGGCUUUCAAGUAAUAGUGUCUAUUUUUAUUCCAAACUGACUAAAGGAGUUAUGUUCUUUGACGCAGCACAUAACUAAGGAUGAAGAAGAAGAGGGACCAGUUGGUAUCCACAAUUGAGCGGUUUACCACUCUAGCAAUGCCUCUACUCCUCAGCUAUGAAUCAUUCUCCAUCAAAUAUAAGUGGAACAAUGCAGGGAGUCGAGUCAUUUGCGUGGAGAAAAUGUGGGCUCCAUUGUCCUUUUAGCAAGAGGUGAGUAUGACAUUUCACUUUGAUAAUUCUCGCACCUUCUUCUAUGUUGAAGCAUGGUCUGAACUAGCUUUUUUUUACACAGACACUUCUCUUUGAUAAAUGAGCAGCUUCUUCUAUGUUGGAGCAUGGUUUGAGAUGAUAUGAUUACAUUUUAAGUAGUCCAACAAUGAUAUAUGUUACAUGUUUCUCUUUUCCUUUCCACCCUGGAUAUAGUUGGGGUAUUUAAAAUUGCUUUGUCCUCAGGUAGCUAGCGGCGUAUUCAAAAGUCAGUACAUUUACUAGAUGAUCUACAUAGCAGCUUAACUAGGGUGUAGUGAUAUGCUUUAUGAAAGUUGACUCUCACUGCCUCCCAUCUGGAGUUGGAUUAAGAAAGUGGUUGUACUGUACAGUAGAAAGUUUGUCUGCUAGGUGGCUUCAAAUGAUUUUCCAUGGAGGUUUUUUAUUCUCUUCUCUUUAUGUCAUUAGCCGCUUAAUGGAUGGACUGCAAUUUCAGACUCUGGCCGAUGAGUUCUAGACAAACAUUGGGUCAGAGUGAGAGCAGGAGUGCGAGUGGAAGGGAGACAGUCAUGGGAUCGAAGCUGUACAAGUUGCAGGUGCAAGAGGCUAGGACUUCAGGUGACUCCAUUUUUACUCAAGGGGGUGAUGUCAUUAUUCAGUAGGUUUGUUUUUAAUAGUAUGGCCUACAAAUUUGUGGGUUUGUGAAUCUGAGUAUUCUCUGCAUAAAUAAUAUAGGUAAUAAUUAUCCUUACACUUAAAACCUCUUCUCUCCCGCAUUUCAAUUGAUCAACAGAAGCGGCACGCAUAGGAAUGGCAUCGACGGCACCAGCAUUGGCGGUCCGUUCAUUGGUCUAUAGAAUCGGCUUCGAGAACACAGUACUUAUUUCCGACGAAAUCCGUAGAAGCAGUGUGCCAUUCAGGAAUCAGAUGAAUGCCCAACGAAUGGUUGAACAGAAGCCUCCCCAGGUAAUUCAUUAUGGCACAUUAAACAUAAAUGGACUAAAUCGGC